AUGCAUUUCACUCUCACAACCACGAUCGUCACUGCUCUCCUCAGCCUCGCAGCUGCCAGCCCUCUUCUUGCUCGCGAUGCGUCAACCGUCCUCGGUGACCUGGCUAAAAUCAAAACCGAUCUUGGCACCUUGAGCAGCGCGGUAUCGGGCUACAGUGGCGGGCUUUCUGCGGCGCUGGACAUCCAGACCAAGGAGAGUGCGGUCGAGAAGGAUGUCGAUAAGGCGACCGCCGAUACCAAUGCUGCGGCCGCGUUUACCGCGGGCGAGAGCACAGGUGUCACCAAUGCACUGCUAGGCUUGAAGCCGGAUAUCACCGGAGCCAUUGAUGCUCUUGUCGCCAAGAAAUCACUCUUCGUGUCCGCCGGAGUGAGUAGUAUUGUCAAGACCGACCUUCAAAAUUUGAAGUCAAAGACGGAUACCCUUUCUAUUGCUUUGCAGAACAAGGCGACAGCUACGGACAAAGAUACUAUCAAGUCGGGCACUGCUGAUGUUGAUGCUGCCUUCCAGAGCGGUCUCGCAGCGUAUGCUUAG